AUGGUAGCCGAAAAGCACUCCGGGGAGAUUCAGCCCCAUGUUGAGAGCACCGACGCUGGUCUUGAUCAUCUCAAGAAUGUAGACCUUCACGACAAAGCCCUCGCCAACGAGGCUCUUGAGGCCACGGCCGAUGAGCAUAGCUUUACUGUUUGGCAGGGCUUCAAGACUUACAAACGCGCUGCUUUUUGGUCCAUCCUCAUCUCGACUACUGUCAUCAUGGAGGGCUACGAUGUUACCCUCCUCGGUUCCUUCUACGGCUACCCACGAUUCCGAGAGAAGUACGGCGAAUAUCUCGAUGAGAAGAACGGACAUCAGAUCUCAGCCAAUUGGCAGCAGCGUUUCAAUUGUCUCGGCGCCCUCGCCAACAUCAUCGGUGCUCUUCUGAAUGGUUGGGCUACUUCGCGAUGGGGACACCGCAAGGUUCUCAUCAGUGGUCUCUUCUGGCUCUCAGCCUUCAUCUUUGUCGUCUUCUUCGCCCCUAACAUCGAGGUCCUUCUCGUCGGUCAAUUCCUCUGCAACAUUCCUUGGGGAAUCUUCGCUACAACUGGUCCAGCCUACGCUGCUGAGGUCACCCCACUUGCUAUUCGAGGAUAUCUCACUGCCUAUGUCAACCUGUGCUGGUGUAUUGGACAGUUCAUCUCAGCUGGUGUACUAAAAGGUCUCGUUGACAAUCCUACUCCGUGGAGCUACCGAAUUCCCUUUGCGAUCCAAUGGGUGUGGCCUAUUCCUCUCGCCAUCGCAGCGUACAUGGCCCCCGAGUCGCCCUGGCAUCUUGUCCGAACGAACCAGCUCGAGAAGGCCAAAGUAUCCCUCGAGCGACUGUCCGAACCGGAACACAACAUCAACUACGAGAAUGCCGUUGCUCUUAUGGUCCACACAAACAAGCUUGAGAUUGAGGAGCGUUCUGGAACUUCUUACUGGGACUGCUUCCGAGGUAGUAACCUUCGACGAACCGAGAUCGCUUGCAUGGGUUUCCUCUCACAGAUCACCAACGGCGGUGCCCUUUGCUACAGUGGAUCUUUCUUCUUCCAACAGACUGGUAUUGGUCCCUCUGCCUCUUACGGUAUUGCUCUUGGCGGAACUGGCAUUGCCUUUAUUGGUACCAUCAUCUCGUGGUUCUACAUCUACAAGUUCGGUCGACGAACAAUCUGGCUCUCUGGCUUCUCAUUCCUUGUCGUGCUUCUCUGGCUUAUCGGCUUCCUGGCGCUGCCCAAGCAGACUCUGUCCUUGGCUUGGGCGCAAUCGAUCCUCUGCGUUGUGUGGUUGGGAGCAUACUCCAUGUCUGUCGGUCCCAUCAUCUACACCAUCGUUGCUGAGGUUGGUUCGACUCGUCUGCGUACACAGACAAUUGUGUUGGCUCGUUCGACAUACUACGUUGGUAACAUCAUUUGCGGAGGUCUCAUCCAGCCCGAGAUGUUGUCUCCAGGAUCAUGGAACCUCAAGGGCAAAACGGCCUUCUUCUGGGCCGGUCUUGCCACUCUCACUCUAACUUGGGGCUAUUUCCGUAUGUUCGAAACAAAGGACCGUACCUUUGGUGAAAUGGACUACAUGUUCCAGAAGGGUAUCCCGGCACGCAAGUCUGCCAAGUACCAGAUUAAUGAGGACGAGGUCUUUAUGGCUCACGAGAAGCCUGAAGCUGAGAAGCACUAA